CCUGAUGCCAGCUUUGCUGGGAUAUCAUUUAAGAGGGAUCAUUAGCUGCGAGCAGCUCGGCUGGGUCAAGGCUGGGAGGCGGAGACGCAGUUGCAAGCAGCGAAGCAAGGUGGAGGCACGAAGGCAGAAGACCAGGUUAAUGAAAGCAUGAGGUGGCUCUUGGGCAGCAGCUCGAAAAAUUUUGGACAUGCGGAUAGGGGAAACUAUGACUGGCUAAACAGUGAACCAGGUGGGCCACUUCUGGAAACAGAGCUUCAGAGCAGACAACAGACAAGUUCAACCAAAGACGACAUAGAACCAUUUCUGUGUAUCAUAUUGCCUGCCACCAUGAUGCUCUUCCUGGCAUUCCUGCUGCUCUUCCUGUACCGCCGUUGCCAGCGCCCCCCUCAGCAGGGGCAGAUCUUCAGCAUCGACCUUCCUGAGGCCCUGCCUGAGCACGAUGUAUCCCAUUUCCUUUCUGCACUGCCCUGGAGCAGUGAACAGAGCUUCCACUACUCCACGCUGCUUCCUGAUGCCACAUUCCUCUCUCUGUGUUUGCCUCCGUCAUAUGAGGAGGCCACCAUGAAGAAUUCCAUGGAAGAGGCUCACGCUGAGCUCUCUCCAGACCCAGUGCCUCCUUACGAAGAGAGCACGCUGCAGACCAGCAGCACCAAAUAAACUUCCUACGGAAGCACCUUAGCCAAAGCAUGCAGCACAAAGGUAGAACUAUGCUAUGGCCUUUAAAAUUUGUGAAAAUAUUCCAGAUGAGGCACAAAACCAAUGAAAUUAUGAAAGAAAAAACUUGAAGUAACAGGGAGUGCGUCUCUUCACCUCGUCCAAGGAUUUUCUACCUUCCACUUGUGGCAAGUGUACACCUGGUGUAGCACCAAAUCCAAUCCAGACUGGUAACGUGGGGAUUCAAGUUAACAAACGUGUCAUGCAAGGAUUAAACUUCAGGAAAGCUGGGAAGUUCUUCCUCUGUAAUCCCUCAGCUACAACAAAACAUCAAUUACGCUACAGAUUCAGCAAUCACAAAAAAGGGCUUUUAGGACAUACAUAUUUCAGUUUGGGUUUUUUUCUAUUUUGUGCAUUUAUAGUUAAAUGAGUUUUUGACAAGCUGUGUCAGUCUGUGUGCAUUUGCAUCACAUCAUUCUGCAGUGCUCUGGAAUGAUCACAACAGCUCUCAGGAAAGCAAAUAAAUAUAUAACCUUUACAAAGUUUCCAGUAACUGUCCCCAAAAGUUCAGCUGUGCACUGUGGAUAAAGGCUGUCUUUUCUCACAGUUGAACAAUGAAGACAACCAGAGAAGACCUGAUUGCUCUGGGUGAGGAAGACUCCAUGCAAAAGCACAUUCACUCUGUUGCUGUAAGCUGCUUUGCCAAGGUCUGCAAGGUUCCAACAUUCCAGACUACUCGGAUGACUUCUUUUCCAAGUCUAAAACAAUAAACCAUGUGACUUACUUGGUGCAGUAUGUAAAGGAUAUAGGGAAAAAUUAAUAAAAUC